UUCAACAAUACAGAGAAAAUAAAAUUCCUCUUAAACAACAGCUUACUGCGCCUUCUACUAUCCAUUUGCAAUUCUCCUUCUGCCAUUCCCAGUCUUGUUCUUUCUAUACUUUCACGUCGCUUCCGUGCACGUCGACUCGGCAGGAGUCUUGCUCUUCAACCGUAGUGCCACUGCCAGAGGAUGCAAAUGCUAAAAUCUCUGUAUUACUUUUCCAAUUAGGGUUUCUCUGCUCUUCCCUGUUAUUUACUCUCUUUACUGAGCUUUCAUUCUCUGCAAAGAGAGAUUGAAAGCAAUCAUUUCGAAAAUGGAGUCAAACGGAACUGACGUUGCUCAAAUCCUCGACGAGAUUAAAACAUUGAAGGCAACGAAGACUGACAUAGAAAAUAGAAUUGCGGCUCUCGAAGCUAAGCUCCGUCACUUGAAUCUCCCCGACGACACCGUCUUUUCAAACGAUUCUUCUCUUCCAGUUUCCAUCGUCGAUUCUGGUUUCGGCCACGGUUUAUCGUCUGAUACGAUUUACCGUUACAGUCGUCAUCUCUUACUCCCUUCCUUUGGAGUUCAAGCGCAGUCAAAUCUGUUAAAGUCUUCUAUUUUAGUUGUUGGAGCUGGAGGGUUGGGGUCGCCUGCUCUGUUAUAUCUUGCAGCUAGUGGUGUUGGUCGGUUGGGUAUUGUUGACCAUGAUGUUGUUGAGUUAAAUAAUAUGCACAGGCAGGUUAUACAUACUGAGCCAUUUAUUGGUCAGCCCAAAGUGAAAUCUGCUGCUGCUGCCUGUCGCUCGAUCAACUCCACCAUUCAGAUUGUGGAGCACCAAGAAGCUUUACGCACACACAAUGCCUUGGAAAUAUUUAGCCAAUAUGACGUAAUAGUAGAUGCAACAGAUAAUGCCCCAAGCCGUUACAUGAUCAGUGAUUGUUGUGUGGUGUUGGGAAAGCCUCUUGUUUCUGGUGCUGCAUUGGGAUUAGAAGGGCAGCUCACAGUUUAUAAUUACAAAGGAGGUCCAUGCUAUCGAUGCCUUUUUCCAACCCCACCUCCUACAACAGCAUGCCAAAGAUGUGCUGAUAGUGGAGUUUUAGGAGUUGUUCCUGGUAUCAUUGGUUGUCUUCAAGCACUUGAAGCCAUAAAAAUUGCUAGUGACGUUGGUGAACCUCUAUCAGGACGGAUGCUUCUAUUUGAUGCAUUGUCGGCACGAAUUCGCAUUGUCAAGAUAAGAGGCAGGUCAUUGAAUUGUGAAGUUUGUGGAGAAAAUGCAGCAUUUAAUGAAAAGCAAUUUAGAGAUUUUGAUUAUGAGAAGUUUACUCAGUCUCCAUUGUCCACGGCUCCGCCAAAGUUGAACCUGCUUUCAGCAGGCUCCAGAAUAACCUGUAAAGACUUCAAUGAGAAAGUUGUUAAAGGGGAAGCGCACGUGUUGGUAGAUGUACGCCCUGCCCACCAUUUCAAGAUUGUUGCUCUUCCCAAUGCCUUGAACAUUCCAUUAACAAGUUUGGAGGCUAGGUUGCCUGAAAUCUCAUCCGCAUUGAAGGAAGCAGGAGGCUGCAGAGGUACUGAAUCAGAAUCAGGCGUGAGCCUAUACAUAGUAUGUAGAAGAGGGAAUGAUUCGCAGAGGGCCGUUCAAAUGUUACACAGCAAGGGCUUUACUUCAGCUAAAGAUAUCAUUGGAGGCUUGGAGGCCUGGUCCCAUGAUGUAGAUCCAAAAUUCCCUACCUAUUAGAAGUUAAAUGGUACUUAGUACUUCACAUUCCUGUAAUAUUACUUAAAAGGGAUUAUUUGCUUGCAAGCUGUUCUCUAUUUCGAAACAUCUCCAUUAGAGUAGAGGUAGCCCUCCUCAAAUUCUUGUGGGACCGAUCAAACCGGAUAUAUAUAUUCGAAUUUUGUGGGACCGAGCAGAUCACAUCGGGUUGGAUAUAUAUUUAUCUAUAUAUUUAGAUAUAUUGUUGGAAUUGGAA